UCACGUAGUGACCAUCGAAGAGCCCCAGGCCAAGCCGCCGGUGUCUCAAACCCGGUGCAGAGGGAGGUCGGGGCCCUGGGGCAAAGUCUCUGCCAAUCGAACAUAUGAUUUCCUAUACGCCUUAAGCAAUCGUCCUGAAUCCUGUUCCUGGCGUUCUGACUUGGAGAUUCACUCAACACUCCCGCAUGCAAACUGCGUAAAAUGCCCAAAGAGAAUGACCUUCCUGCUCCCAUUCCCUGGGCAACUCCAAAUUUGGCAUUCUAGAUCCAUUGUUUAUCGUGUCAAGUGAGAAAGAACACAACCAGGCAAAUAUUCAGGCCACCCUGAUUCGAAGCAGACUGAGAAGGGUUCCCAGGUAUAGAACCAUGUUCAGUAGCCUGUUUCAUUAUCCAAGAUAUUCUGUAUAUUGGAGCAAGGCAGAUCCUGUUCCAUCUUUCAUCAGUCGGGACUGGAAGGGACAUGAGGAGAGACACAAAGAAGCCCUCCGGAAACUUGCUGUAACUGACACUUCUUUUCCGAUGCCUAAAGAAGUUUAUGAAGAUCCUGAUGUUACUGGAAAGAAUCGCUAUAAAUAUUUUGAAAGGCCUUUCCUUCCAUUUUAUCAACAGUUGCCAUUCAAUGUUGUUUUUGCAUCAACCAGGGCAGAGCCAUAUACUUUUCCUCCUCCUUCCACUAAGUGCCUCCCCAUUCCUUCAAAGUAUACUGUGGGCACUCAGACUGAUUAUCGUGAUGCCGAAGUUCAAACAGACCCGUAUUCUCCAGAAUACAUAGUAUGUCAGAAUUCCAUCCCUGAACUGCUGACCCUGGCUACUCUCACUUGGGGUCGAGGUCUCCCGGCAGGACAAGCUGAGGUAGAGAUGAUAGAACGUGCCCGGGAGAAGCGUGCUUGGGAAGCCACUCUCCCCACUCUGAGUGACACCUCCCAGUUUGAGAAGAGGAGGAGGAUGAUGAAUGCCAUGGAGAGGAAGGAGUGGGCCUUCAGAGAGCAGGAGAUCGAAAAACUGCAGGAGAUUCGCCUGGAAGUUCUAAAAGAGCUGCUGAAGAAGCGUGAAGAGAAUCAAAAUGAAGUAAACAUGGCGUGCUUGAAUGCCCAGUGGUCUAAACUGCAGGAGGUGAAGGAGGCAAAGUUGGCACAGAUUCACCACACACACGUAUCAGCAAUCAGAAAACUUUUGGGAAAGGGAAAGAAUAUAGAAGGGAAGUUGGAGAGAAGAAAUAUCAUCAAGGAUUAUUCUGAUUAUGCAUCACAGGUCUAUGGACCUCUAUCUCGCCUUGGUCGUUUCACAGACAACAACUCAGAGGACUUUGUAGUAAAAAACCACUAUCUCAACACCUAUGAAGGAUUAGUCGAACUUGAGUCAUGUCUCCCAGAUUUUGUGACACAACCCCGAAUCAGAUCUCCAAAACCAAAAGUCACUACCACCAAAGAUGGUUUUCUAAAGAGGGCUGCAAGGAUGGACCAUGAGUUGGCAGAGUUUCAUAAGGCACUGUUGGAAAAGAAGAAUAAGGGCCCCGAAGCAAAGAAACCAUUGCGUUUUCUUCAAAGAAAGCCAAUACCUCAACCUCGACUUCCAACUCCAACUUUGGAGAUGAAUUCCAAUGAAGAAGAAGAUAUAGAAAUGGCUGUGAUCUACCUUCAAAAGUUACUCCGGGGCAGAGUCGUUCAGAACAUGAUGUUUGAAGGAAAAGAGAGGCGACUGGAGUUGAUCCAGGAGCUGCGCACCAGCCACGCACUGCAAGAAGAGGACAGGCUGGUGAAGAAAGCCGAGAAGCAGGUGACCCUGGCCUUGCAGCGACAGAGGAACCUGCACGAGCACAAGGUGUCACUGAUUGAAAACCAUUUGGCUGGACUGGAAGGAUGGGUGCUGGCAGACAUGUUUGACUUCCUGUCCAAAGAGCUGGUGAGACUGCAGGAGGAGAGGAGGGUCCACGCCCUGGUCAUGUUGGCCGAGAGGCAGCGCAGGAUGCGUGAAGCCGAAGAGAGUGGCCGGCGCCAGGUGGAAGAGAGGCGCCUGCAGGAGGAGGACCAGAUAUUUAAGGAGGUAAUUAAAGUUCACCAAAGUACUGUAACUUCCUAUCUGGAGGAUAUAAUACUGAACACUGAAGAGAAUACUGCAGAAGAACAAGCCAGGGCAGAAAUAGAGAAGAUGGCUGAGGAAAUCAAUGACAUUGCUUAUGAAAUGGAAAGCCGUCGAACUCAGCUUCAGUCAGAGGAGAUCGUUGCCGAGUUGGUUUAUAGUUUCCUGAUCCCAGAGUUGCAAAAGGACUUUGUCAAAGAAAAAGUGAGGAACGCACAGCGGAAGCACAUCCUCGCAGCCCAUAAGGUCAUCCACAGGCACACGGAAGACAUGCUCCAGAAGCACUGUGUUGAGCAACAGCAAGCAUCAGACACUGAGCUACUUGAGGGAGAAACUGAAAAUGAGCGAAACAGCUAAGACUAUGAUCUUUUUAAAAAGAAGCUAUACAAAUCAUCAUAGAGCAUUCCAGUCCUCUGUGCUUCUCCUAAGAUGUGCAGCUCUUAUGGGCUUGUCAAUAUGUGAUGCAUGAGAAAACAGAUUUAUUUUCUUUAAACUCCCAAUAAUUUAAAAUGAUUUUCAGUAAUAAUAAUCAAAUAAUAAUCAAAUUAUUCUCUUUGGUGUUUCCCAGAGGCUCUACUUCAAGAGAAAAUUUUCUCAUGUCUCAUUUCAACAUUUCGUUAACUAUGAAGAUAUGCCAGCUCGUUGAAUCAAAUAAAAAAUGUUACUGGAUAUUUAAGUGGUUUUGGUUUGCUAUUCAUAGUGCGUUGGCAUUAUCUGUUAAGACUGAAAAUAUGCAAUCCCCAUGACCCAGCAUUUCAUUCUCACAACAUUUCAUUCUCUGGAAGAAAUGCAUGAGUAUGUACACCAACAGGCAUGACAAGAAUGCUGUAGCAGUACUAUUCAUGCUGGCCCCAAAUGUCUAUCUACAUAGGAAUAGAAAAGUAAACCUUGGUAUAUCCAUACAAUGGCACAUCAAGUCACCACUGAGCUUUAGCUCUGAGAAGUAUAUCCAUGCAACACCCAUGGAGAGGGUGCUGCUGGAGAGCAAUUUGCCCAUCCUACAUGUUGACAAGUGUCAGGGCUGAAUGGAUCUCUCCUCAUUUAAAGAUCAGUAAAUAGGAAAAACAAUAAAUAAACAAAAGCAUCCACAACAAAUCAACAUAGGACCCAUGUAAAGAACUUAUAAAAGAAAAUGUAUGUUAUCGGAAAACAAUAAAAGCAUAUCUUAGGAAAUAUCUUACUGUAAUAAGGAAGAGCUAGUUCUGACUCCAUGUUGGAUCUGUUUCUUUUACUUUAACCUUUGCUUUUCAUUGCUUUUGUUACUAGAGUCACUGUCUAUAACUGUAAGCUUAAUGGCCUGCCACAGGGAACCCUGCUCCUCUGCCUGUUAAACUACAGUGCCUUUGUUCAGCUCACAGAGAGACAUUCUGACCUUGUCCACCUGUGAAUGGCUGCAGAAAAGAAGAAAUUAACACAUCCCCUCCUCAAUGCGGCCAAGCAAGGAGAUAUUUUGCAAGAUAAAUGGGCUUUUUAACUUUACUUCCUCACCUCCUCCCCCUGUCUGUUCUAUAAAAGAAACUGGCAUCCAGAUGUGGAUAAGAUGGUUAUGUUGAGUCUUUAGUCUGUUAUCUUCUUGGCCUGCUGGCUUUCAGAAUAAAGUCACUAUUCCUUGUCUCAA